CAACUUAAAAGACAUAUAUAACCGCCAAACCGCCACGGAUGGUACGUUACGUAACAAUAAAACGAAAAACAUUACAGUAAUUAUUAACUUGUGAGUUUGUAACUAUGGUCAUAUAUAGUUAUAAAACGUAGACAUCACAUGUUGGAGAGGCUGACUCAUUCACCUUUUUGCCUUAUCCUUCUACGCUCCCUGCAAUUUCGUUGAAAGCCUCCGAUCCGCUGCCGCCUUUCUCAAACGUGUCUUAAAGAUUGUGUCAUCACAUAUCCAGAUAUAUCCUGUAAUUAUCUACCACGUCAUCUCUCUUUAUUAUCUUUCUUUUUUUUUUUUUCGCUUAUAUAUUCUGUAAUGAUCCUAACCCAAAACCUCCUUCUCCUUUUCUCUUCUUUAUUUCUUUCUUCCUUACCAAAUAUAGCAAAAAUCUAGUUUAAUUUCUGCAAUGGAGGUCCCGAUAAUAAACAGAAUAGGCGAUUUCGACGUGGGGAUAAACUCGAUAAACGACCCGACGGUUUUGUCUCGAGCUUUAGCCGUCUCCAGCGUCGGAAAGUUGCAUCAAGCUUAUAGUUUCUGGAAAUGGGGAGCUUUAUUGCUACUUGCAUUUUUAGCUUCAUUCACAUUCUUAACUACAAGAAUCAAGAACUUAGUCUUUAGAUUAAUAAAUGUAAACGUGUCUCUACCUUCUUCAACUCUUUUAUAUGAUUACGAAAGCGACUCCGAUUGGUCUUUCUCUUCAGACUCCUCAGAAGACGACGACGAAGAUGAUGAUAAAGAUGAUGAAGAUGAAGAUAACUCGGUCAAUAGUGAUUUACGCGUUCAAAGAUUUGGUUAUCACCAUGAUGACGAUGCUACAAAUGGAAACAUUCCAUGGUUGAGGCGGUGCAGUGGUAGCUUCGGAGACUUGUUAGAUCUAGGCUCAAGCGGAGUCGUGAAGCUAUGGGAGAAUCUUGAUUUCAACGGAGAAAGAAGUCCACGUAACGCGGUGGCUUCUUUUCUCAGCAGAUGCGGCUCUUACUCGUUGUUGUCCCCGGCUGUUUUGUUAGCGGCGGAGAGGAAAGGAUCCGAGGACGUGGAAGUGAGUGCGUGGGAUGCACGUGUAGGUUUCGGGGUGCCGGCGCUGCUCGCGGAGUGGAAGCAGCCUGGGAGGUUACUCGGGAAGAUCAUUAGGGUUGACGCGGGUGACGUGGACAAGAUCUACGUCGGGGAUGACGUCGGUGGAGAGAUUAUAGUAGGAGACAUGAGAAUGGUUAACGGUGCGUUGACGGAAUCAGAGGUUGAUAGAAUGGUGAGAAGACGACGCCGUCAUUAAAGGUGACGGUGCCAUUGAGGAGAUGUAUUGGUUACAAAUGAUUGGCAUGGUAGGGUCUAAUUAAAGAAGGAAAAAUCAACGUAAAAAUGCAUGUGACCCACAGAAUUAUUUUGUAAAUAAUUUAUGUCUUGUAUAUAUUUUUUUUCUGUAAUUUUUUAUUUUUUCGGCAAUAAAGAAAAUAAUUAAGAAAAAAUCUCUUUUUUUUUUUGUUCUUUUAAGAAAAAGAAAUUCAACUUCUUGUUGUCGUGUAUUUUGGAUUUCA